UUUGGGGCGCCGAGGCUUCGGGGUGCGAGGAAGGGACCGGCCGAGUUUGGGGCCCGGGGCUGCCCCCGGGGCUGAGUUUCGGGGGGCCCUUCCUGGUGACGUCAGGAGGGGGGCCGGUCCCCUCUUGUAUAAAUAGGCGGCGCUGCCCAGUGUGGCUCAGUUCAUUCAUAAGACCGGCGCCGCUCGGGAAGGAGGCCGCUUCGCGCUCCGCAUCCACGCUGGGAUCAUUUUGGGGGGGAAGGAAGGAAGGACUUUGGGGGGAUCUGCUGCUGCUGCUUCUGGGCUGCCCCUUUUGGCUUCCAUUGGGAAAACGAAGGGCUCGACCGGCGGGACUCGGCUGCAGGAUGAGCCUCCUUGGCUGAAAGGAAGGAAGGAAGGCAGGAAGGCAGCCGAGAAGAAGGAGCGGUGCUGGUGGCCGGCUGGGGGUCCUCCGCGGGGCGCCCCCGGGGAGAUGUAUCAGGGCUUCCCCGCCGGAGGAGACUACCUGGACUCCUCUUCGCGCUGCAGCUCUUCCCCUUCGGCCGAGUCCCAGUACCUCUCCUCCGUGGAUUCCUUCGGGAGCCCCCCGGGCCCCGGCCCCAACGCCAGCGCCUCCUCUGCCCAGGAGUGCAGUGGCCUUGGGGAAAUGCCCGGAUCUUUUGUGCCAACAGUGACUGCCAUAUCAACUAGCCAAGACCUCCAGUGGUUGGUGCAGCCGACCUUAAUCUCCUCCAUGGCUCAGUCUCAGCAGCCUCCGGGCCAGCAGAUGCCUCAGCCACCGCAGCAGCAGCCCCAACCCACAGUGGACCCUUAUGACCUGCCUGGGACCAGCUACUCCACCCCGGGAAUGAGCGGCUACGUCGCCGGUCCUUCCACGGCCCCCGUGGGCACUGCCCCGCCGCCACCACGCUCUGCCAGGGCCCGGCCACGGAGGCCACGGGAGGAAACGGUGAGCGGGGAGGAAUGUAGGGCCUUGCUUCUGUGGAACUUCCUCUGGGGAAUCGGCAAUGAGCUGACUCCCGAAGAAGAAGAAAAACGCCGUGUCCGCCGGGAGAGGAACAAGCUGGCCGCCGCCAAAUGCCGGAACCGGCGUCGAGAGCUGACGGACCGCCUUCAAGCGGAGACAGACCAGUUGGAGGAAGAGAAAGCCGAGCUGGAGUCUGAAAUAGCCGAACUGCAGAAGGAGAGGGAGCGCCUGGAAUUUGUCCUUGUGGCUCACAAGCCCAGCUGCAAGAUCCCCUACGAGGACCUGCCCCCCCGAGCUGAGUGGCCAGCCUGGCACCUCGACCGAGGUGAGCGCUUUGGCCAUGCCCGUCAAAGAGGACCCCUUUGGGCCCACGGCCUACUCGGCGCUUCCCCUCCACUACCAGCAGCAGCAGCAGCAGAGCCUUGGCGGUGUCCAAGCGGUCCCCCCAGCGGAGAGGGAACCACCUGCGGAGCCAGCCACCAGAGGAACAGCAGCAGUGACCACUCCUCCGACUCUCUGAACUCUCCCUCGCUCCUUGCUUUGUGAAAACAAAAAAAUGCCCAAACUCAAAGUGAGAAACAAACAAACAAACCGAACAGCCAUCCCUUUCCAUGCAAUUUAACAUACAUAUUAAAAAUGAAAUUCAGAUGUGCAAACUUCGAUGUGAGCAAAAAGGGGCCAAGAGAUGGGAAAAGUGCAUGCAACUUCAGCCCCAACUCUGCUUAACUGACCGGGAGCAUCAAAUGUACAAACCAACCAGUGUCUGCAAAAUUCAUUGCGAAGGGGGAAAUCUUUGCCUUCCCCUGCGACAUCGCCAUCAUUUCAGCUGCUGCCUCUUAAGCCAUGAGACCUGUUGUUGUUGCUUCCUUCUUCUUCUUGCUGUUGUCGAACUUUUUCUUGGGGGUGGCGGAUGGUGUGUGACACACAGUUGGAGAGUCCUUUGCCUGCAGGGAUGGUCCGUUUUUAACAUUUCCAUGCUUUGGAGGGAUAUGCAACGUCUCUGCGCUUUGGAGGGAUUUGCAACGAUUGAGAAGAAAAUGAGAGGAUUUGGACUUUCUGAGCUGCACUUUGGAUCCUGCCAUCCGGGAGUGUUCUGAGCCUAGCUUGCGCUCGGAGAAAUGGGGACCCUCACCUUGGACCAGAUGGGAACCCCUUGGAAUGAGCUGGACUCUGAUGUUUCUCCUAUUGGAUUGCUGAUGCUUUUGUAAGAAGCCAAGCAAAAGGUCUCCCCAUCAGUUGGGAAAAUGAGGAUGAAUGGGGGUCCCCCCUCUAUGUCCACCUACCUUCCCCCUAAAAGCUAGCUUGCUUUGUAUUGGCUGCUAUGGUGAAUUCUGUGCCAGUUGCAUGCUUCAAAAUGGGCACGUCGAUGCUUUUCCUGUUAUUGGUCAGCCAAUUUAGCAUAAAUCUCAACCUGGGGUCUCUUUGAACAAAGCUGGGUUUCCCAAGUGAUCCGUGAAAAGCGCCACAGUAGUAGUGGCCAAUUGUGGCACAUUGAACGAUUUGGGUUGGUGCCUACAGCCGACUUAAUACCCCACUCAAAGAGAUCUAGGCCCUUGUGCACAAACAUGUCCCUUAAUUUCGGUGGAAGUGUGUAGGCUUUUUAACAGCCUAUGAUCCUUUGUAUCUUUGCUCUCAAAGAAAUGCUGCAGAUUUCAGUGCACUUCUUGGAAGUAUGCACCUAUGACAGGACAGCGGGGGAAAUCUAUUUUACCUAGCUAGUAAAGAAUAUCAACAUUUGCAGGUUUCCAAACUAAGAUUUUAGGGAUCACUCUGGGAAUAGCUAGUGUGGCACAAUGGGGUGAAUGUCAGUCUAUAAAUCCAGGGUUUGAACCCCCAUUUAGCCAUGGAAACCCACUGGGUGGCCUUAAGCAAGGCACACUUUCUCAGCCUCGGGGAAAGGCCAAGGCAAACCCCCACUGAACAAAUUUUGCCAAGAAAACCCCUUAGGGUUGCCACAAGUUUGAAACAACUUGAAGGCAUGCUAAUAUGCCAGUAUUUGGGAACAGAAUCGGCCAGAAAACACUGAAAACGUUUAUGUCUCUUUACAACCGUAGCAUUUGGAUGUCAUGGCUGCAUCCUCUGGAAAUCUGGGAUUACAAAUCCCAGGAUUCUGUAGGAUGCAACCGUAGUAAUGCAAGUGAGAUGAAAAUGCUACAAUAGCACCACGUGAAAGAGAGGUUAGAAGCACCAUGGUUUUGUGCAAUGAAAUUGUAUUGUCCUGUAUUUUUCACAAAUCCAGUAUUGCUGCAUUUCCCCAAACCCUUCCCCUCUUCGGUGGGUUCAGCGUUGACCCAACCGAUGGCCUUUCCAAAAUGCACUAUGGCACUUUCCCUGGAAUGAAUCCUCUUUUCCCCCCGCCAAGGGGUCAACCUCCUUUUGCUUGGUUUCAUGCUCUCUGGGUGGGUUUUGCCUUUGGGUCUGUGGGGAAGGGACUUGGGUGACCGAAAAAUGAUAUACUGUGAAUGGACCUCUUUUCCUGUACAGCUGCUUCUCUUGAUAUUGUGAGACAUUUCUUACUUAGCUGGGACUGUACCUUGUCUCUCUUUCUUCCUUGCUCUGACUGAUUGUAAGUGGUGAUUUGAAGCCUAUAUGUGUAUAUAUAUAUAUGUAUAGGUUCCUUUCCCUUUUUCAUCAGCCUUAAUGCCUCCCUUGUGGCUGGUCUGUUAAUGUACCAGUCGAGGAGUUUCCCAAACCUGGAGUAGGGUUGCAUCAUCCAAAAUCCACAAAACAGUGAACUUUAUUGGGCUAACCAAAAUGCAUGCUGCACAUGUUGCAAGCUUUCAAAGCUUCAUCAGCCAAGCUGUUCAAAACCAUACAGGAGAAAAAUAUAUAUAUAAAAAAUAAACAUUGAAGUUGUUAGACAUAGUCCUUCAUGUUGUUGUUGUUGUUCCCAAUUCAGAUGGUAUGGAGAAGCUAUUCAUGCAGGCUGGCCUCUCCUUCUGGCCUUGUGGCUCCUGGGAGAUUCAGUCCAGGAAAUAUACUCUAUAAAUUCCAUUUGCAAGGUAAAAGGCUACUGCCUUUGAGAUCCAGCUUGUCUCAAAUCCUUUGUGAGGCCACAAACCUCUUUGUUAGGAAGAGAACAGCAUGGUUUUGAACACCUUUGCCUGAUGAAGAAGCCAGUGGAGCUUUGAAAGCUUGCAACAUGCAUAGUGUGCAUUUUGUUUGGAACAAUAUAACCAAAGUGGUGCUGUUGGCAAGAGAGAGACCUUUGGUACUUAACUACUUUCAUGCGAACAGACAGGCCAAAAUAAAGCUGAUUCUGGUCAGUUUGGAAGUAUGCUGUUUAAAUGACACAUGCAUCUUCAGAAGCCGCACUAAAGCUGUGCUCCAGUCCUUAGGGCUGGAGCUUGGCUUUGGCACAGCUUCUGGCUUCUUAGGAUGCAUGCAUCAUUUAAGCAGCAUACCUCCAAAGUGACCCAAAGCAGCUUUACUUUUGCCUGUCUGUUCAGGCCCUUCCUCACCUUUCCCUUGUUGAUGUGUCCUAUCCUACUCCAUCCUAGGUACCUCCACUUUGGUCUCCUCCACAACCUGCAAUCCUGAGAUGCAAAUUUUAAAUACAUCCAGGGCUGCUUCUGCCUCUGGUCUAACCUACAAUGCAGAAAUAAAGCAUUUUGACACCGCUUUAACCGCCGUGGCUUCCUGCUAUUAACCUCUGAGAUUUGUAGUUUGGUAAGACAUUUAGCCUUCUAGGUUGGAGAGCUCUGUGGCCACAUCAAACUACAAAUCCCAGAGUUUAAUGGCAUGGAGUUGAGUUUUCAGUGCAAAUCAGACCUCCAUUGAGAUUGGCCUAAUAGCAAAGCAUACAGGGUUUUUAAAGAAAAGGUUGCAUCAUUCGAAGUCUGGGGAAUAACUCCGAGCUGCUUUCCCCAUAAAGUGGUAUCUCCUCGGUCUGUGCUUUAACUCCGAACCGCAGCUGCCAUGCUUCAAGUGUGUAUCCUUGUACCCUUCCCUGCUUCUGGCACCACUCUGCCUCUUCUCGCACCCAGACCAACCAGUGACUUUUAUGGACUGGGACGCACUUACCAUGCUGCUUGUGGGGACUUUCUAGCGCACGCUAUGCCUCUUGACCAAACGUCUCCCAAUUCUUUUUCCCCCCCUUCUUUUUGUGACCAAGCUUUGGAUGUUGUUGUUUGUUUUUAAAGGAAAUUAUUAUUUUUAAAAAUCUAUGGACUUUUAUUUUAACCUUGCUUUUGAAUAUGUUUAUUAUACACCUGCUAGGGAAUGGGGGAAUAGUUUUAUUUUUUAUUUUUUUAAUUAUUAUUAUUAUUAUUAUUAUUAUUAUUAUUAUUUACCCCAUGCAUUGUGCUGUAAUAUUUUAAUUUUUUUGGUGACAUGUUUUAUUAUUAAGCAACGGGGGGAAGGCCGGCAAAAGGUGGUCGGAGAGGUGACCCCGGCCAUGGCCUUCCUUUCCUGCACUUAACUGGUUAGCGAUAUAGCAAAUAAAGUCAGCUUUGAAAAAAAAUGCACUUUUUUAUGAUGGAUAUAAUAUCUAUUUUUUCAAACUCAUGUAAAAAAAAGUAAUAACCGCCAUUAAGGUGAAAUAAAAAAAAGACCUCGAGCCGUA